CCUCGGAGCUGCCCCCCGAGCCUGCCCCUGACUAUGAGGGAGACGAAACCUUCCUGCGGCGGGUGCACCACGUCCUGCUGGAGGUGGAGGUGCUGGAGGGGUUCCUGCAGUGCCCGGACUCGGGGCGCCAGUUCCCCAUCUCCCGCGGGAUCCCCAACAUGCUGCUGAGCGAGGAGGAGGCCUGAGGGGGGGGACACGCUGGACAACCCCCCCCCCGUGCCCCCAGGUUAUUGGGGGGGGCAAAGGGGGACAGAGACGUUCUUCCCCCCAUGGGGGGGGAAGGGGGGGCUUUUGUUGUUCGUUUUUGAGCCUUUUGGGGGGUUUUUUCUGUCCCAAAGAUCUUCUUUUACUCUCAAAUUGCCCCUUUUUGCCCCCAAACUCCCUUUUCCCCCCAAACCUCUUCCAUUACUCAACCUCCCAGCUUCCCAACCCCGCGUUUUCCCCCAUCUCCCCCUUUCCCCGAGGCUCUUUUGUCCGUCUGUGGUUUAUUUGUGGUUUAUUAAUAAAAACCCGCUUUUUGGCGUCAAUAUUGGGCGGUUUUUUAGUCUUUUCGAGGCUCCUUUCGGGGGAGAACCCCAUUGGAUCGGGGCGGGGGGGGGGGGGAGGCGGGGGAAGCCGAGGUCCUCCUGCGCUCUCUAUGACCCAACCAACUGCCCAGAGCGCCUCACUCCCCCCCCAGUGGCCGCUCAGCCUCCCGCCUCGCUCGCGCAGCCGGAGGUGACGUCAGGACGUCGGCGCACGCAGAGCGGCGGCGGCGGAGGCCUGAGGCGGGAGCGGCGGUUGGAGCAGCGGAGGCUCCGGCGCCAUGUCCUCGACGUCGCAGAAGCACCGGGACUUCGUAGCGGAGCCGAUGGGGGAGAAGCCGGUGGGGAUGCUGGCGGGCAUCGGGGACGUGCUGGGCAAGAAGCUGGAGGAGAAGGGCUUCGACAAGGCGUACGUGGUGCUGGGGCAGUUCCUGGUGCUGCGCAAGGACGAGGAGCUGUUCCGGGAAUGGCUGAAGGAGACGUGCGGAGCCAACGCCAAACAGUCCCGGGACUGCUCCGGGUGCCUGCGGGAGUGGUGCGACGCCUUCCUCUGAGCCCCCCCCGGCACCCCCGGGGGCACCCCAACACCCCCCCCUCCGACCGCCGCCACCGGGGCUCCUGCUCACAGCUGGGACCCCCCCAAACUGUGGUGCUGCCCCCCCCCCAAGUGGCUGCGGGGCUGGGGGUUCCCUUCCCCAAACCAUCGCCGGGGGGGUUCUGGGCUGCCCCUGCCUUUCCCAUCACACCAAAUCCCCCAGGGGGGUGCGUGUGGGGUGUCCCCCCCCUCCGCGGUUGUGCUGAUAUUGCCUCUCCCCUCAUGUGGGGGGGGGGGGAGUUGGGGUGUGCUCCCCCCCUCCCGCAUUGGGGGAUUUGUGUCAUUUUGGGGUGGCCCCUCCCCCCCCCCCAGCUUCCAGUUUGUUUGUAAGAGUUUUCUAAACAAUAAAGGUUUUGCUGUGCUGGGGCC